GCCAGAUCCCAAUUCCAUUUGUUAAAAAAUAGGGGACAAUUCAAUCGUUGCCAUAGAUCCAAUCUGAUUAAAUAAAAAUUAAUCUCAACCGUACAAUCUAGGGCUACACUAACCAUAUAAUUCAGCGUCAAGCAGUAUUGAGUUCUUCCCCUUCUUCUUCGCCUAAGCCCACGAACCCCUUAAGAUCAAAAUGGUGCAGCGGCUGACUUACAGGACGCGUCAUAGCUACGCCACAAAAUCAAAUCAGCACAGGGUCGUCAAAACUCCCGGGGGAAAGCUAGUGUACCAGAGCACUAAGAAGAGGGCAAGUGGACCAAAGUGCCCAGUUACUGGCAAGAGAAUCCAAGGGAUUCCUCACCUUAGACCUGCAGAGUAUAAAAGAUCUAGGUUACCCAGGAACCGUCGGACUGUAAACCGUCCUUACGGUGGAGUAUUGUCUGGUGCUGCUGUGAGAGAAAGGAUCAUUAGGGCCUUCUUGGUUGAAGAACAAAAGAUCGUGAAGAAGGUUUUGAAGAUACAAAAGGCCAAAGAAAAGCUUGCUUCGAAGAGUUGAGAUGGUUUGGAGGGAAAUAGGAAAAAAUCGGAGGAAAUGAGGAAUUGUAUUUUGAAGUUUUGAUGCUUGUUUACAUAUAUAUUUGCACUGGAUUCUUGGAAAUACGACUCCAUUUCUAUCUUUUGUUUAUGAGCUCCAUUGCAGUAGGUUUUUUUUUUUUUAUUUUAUUGGUCUCGUUCAUGACAAUCACACUCCUAUGUGGUUUGGAUUUAAUUGAAUGUACUCAACUUUUUUCUUUUAACUGAGUCCUCUCUGUUGCCUUCACUAUUUUUGUUAUGUUGCUUGUGAUUGGGGUUGUCUAAAUAGCUUUCUCAGAGAUGAAAUGCAGGUAUAUUAGAAUUUUAAGCAUCUC